AUGGAGGUUCUGCAGUACCUCACAGCCGCUUCAGCGCUUUUUGCCGCCUCGUCUCUCGCUGAGCGUCAGUUUCAUUACGUCAACGAGUUGCAGAACUGCAGAGAGCAGUUCGUUGACCUGGUGACCUUAAGCAGCGUGGAGAACGUGACGACUCUGGUGGACAUGAUCGACCUGAAGCAGAUGGUCAACGGAGUCGUGAAGCAUCGAGCCUGGAUCGGACUGUCGGACGACCCCAACAGCUGGAGCUGGUCGCUGUCCGACCCAAACGUGUUUCAGAACCCCGGAGACUCCGACUUCAGAAACUGGCAGCUUGGACAACCGGACAACAGGCAGAGCCCUGAAGACUGCGUGAGGAUCUACGACGACGGGUUCUGGAACGACUGGUCCUGUGGAAGCUACGAGAAGUCUGUGUGCGCCGACGUGAACGGACCGGAUGUGACGUUUGUCCUGGUGGAGCAGUUCUUCCCCUGGGCCGACGCUCUGGCCAACUGCAGGAACCAUCACACAGACAUGGCCGUCGCCAGAGACCUGUCAGAGAACGAGAAGAUAAGGGAGAUGAUGCCGCCGGGUCAGUACGCCUGGAUCGGGCUGAACAGAAACUCCUUGACCUGGGUGGACGGAACCAGCCCCGCCUUCACUCACUGGAGUUCAGGCGAACCGAACAGCGAGGAAGAGAAAUGCACCAUAGCAAACUUUGAUGACUCUGGAAAGUGGGAGGACUGUCCUUGUGACUGGAACUUCCCAUUCUUUUGUUAUGGAGACAAAGAGCAAAACGUUCUGGGUCCAGUUUCCAAGCUGCUGGUGAAGCUGAAGGUGGCGAAGUCUUCAUCUGUGGACCUGAACGACGCCGCCCUGCUGGAAGACCUGCUGACGAAGUUUUUGCAGAGGCUGAAGGACGGCGGCGCAGAAGGAAACGUCAGACUGAGCUGGAAGGAGAGACCAGAUGGAACGACCUUCCACCAGGAGGGAUGAGGAUGACCUUUAACCUUCAUCUGAAAUGGAUUCUCCUCUCAUCCAUGUUUUUGUUUGCUGUUUUGCUCUUUUCUGAUUGUAUGGUGGAGUCUCUGGAUGGUGAAUAGAGACUGUGAUUGUAAAGUUACAGUGAAAAAUGAACUUCAGUUAUUUAUCCUGUCAUGAGAUUCAUGUUCAAAAGUCAUAUUUUCACCAUGUUAUUCAUUCAUCUAUAUUUGUCACAAUAUCAGGAUGUAGCUCUAAACUGAAUAUUCACUGAUAAACCAAAUUUCUUCUUCCCUAAAAAUUAAUUUGCAUCAUAUCUUUUAGCUCCAAACUAGUUAGCAAGCUGGCUAACUAAACAUCUGGUUAGAAGCUAAAUAGUGAGUUUGUUGACUAGAUCUUAA